AUGAAGCUCGGAAGCCUGGUGGCAGCGCUCACGCUCGCGGGCAGCCGCUCGGCGGCCGACUUCACCAACACGUUCGACGGCAUCACGAGCGGGUCCAGCGUAUCGCUGACCUGGGACGGCGUGCCAGCGCAGCAGUACCCGCUGUGCAUCACGGCGCAGGUCAUCGUCAAGACCGGUGACGGGUUCAAGGCGAAUGCGUAUCGGGUGAACCUCACGACUGAUGCUAGCGGCCCGUCGUACGUUUGGGCAGGCGUCCCGUUUCCGCUCCGGCGAGUGCGCAGCGGGAUCUACCAGGUCGAGCUGAGGUCGGCGAGCUCGGCCGGCGGCGACACGCCGGUGCUGGCCAAGUCGCCGUACUUCAGCGUCGGGGACCCGGGCAUCGCGACGGGAUCGUCUCCGCAACCGACGCUGGCGGAUUCCCAGGGCGGCGGCGCGUCGGGGAUAAACAAGCCGGUGGCCAUCGGGCUCGGCGUGGCCAUCGGGGUGCCGUCAAUAGCGGCGCUGAUAGUGGUCGGCUGGUGCUUCCGGAAACGGCAGCGCAAGGCGGCCCUGGAGAAGAGCCGGCUGAAGAGGAGCGAGUUUGUCAUCACCUGA